AUGGCGGCUAUGUAUGAGCUCCCGAAGCGAUUGAUAUAUUUUUUGGUCUUGCUGAUUGUUUGUGUGUCAUUCUAUCCCGCUAAAGAUGGUUAUGUUGAUAAGAGGUCGCAUCCAUGGAAUAUUGGUAUUAGCGUUGCUUUAAACCUUACUAAAAUCGAGAUUGUUGAUGCCCCUAUGAGACCAACCAAAACCAGCAUUGCGAAGUCAGCUGUUCCUUUCGAUGUAAAGUUGGUAAGAUCGAUUAAACUUGUCACCCAGUUUGCUGCUGUUAAUGUUCUUAUUGUGUGUAAUGAUAUUGACUUAAACCCUGGCCCUGCGAAUGAGACAUUGGUCUGCACUGCGUGUUUAAAACCUAUAGGCAAAAAUCAACCGCGGGCGGAAUGUUUAAGAUGUAAAUCAGUAAAUCAUUUGAAAUGUCUUGAAUCGAGUUUUGAUAUAAACCGAACCUGCAAGCAAUGUUUCGUAGGAAUGAAUGGCAAUAUUAACAACGAUAACGAUGAUUACUGUUCUCAAGUGACAACGGAAAUGAAUGAUAUAUUUCGGGGCUCAGGUGUUAAAAUAGUCCAUCAAAAUAUUCGCAGCUUGUUACCUAAGAUUGAUGAGCUUCGUUUGCUCAUAUCUAGUGUUCAGUCAAAAAUUGAUUUGUUUACACUGUCCGAAACCUGGCUUACGGAUGAUGUUGCUGACUCAGAAGUUAGUAUUGAAGGAUAUACUUUCCAUAGAAGAGAUAGAGGUUCUAAAGAGAAAGGUGGGGGACUUGGAAUUUAUGUUAGGAACGAUUUGUCGGUAAGCAGAAGGUUUGAUUUAGAGCAGUCGAAUAUUGAAAGUCUAUGGGUAGAAGUUAAUUUCCCUCACUCUCGCGGAUUUUUGGUUGGUACAUUUUAUCAACCUCCUGAGUCUUCUCGAUACUAUAAUGAUGCAUUUAUGGAUCAUUUUGAAGAUAGUGCUGAGAAAGCCAUAUCUAAUAAUAAGGAAGUUAUUCUGUUGGGGGAUUUUAACUGUAAUUUGGCAAAGGGCUCAUUGAAUGGUAACGGCAAACGGUUAACCUCGACACUCAGAAGUCUAGGGUUCUGUCAGCUGAUCAAGGAGGUUACUAGAAUAACUGCCUGGUCCGCCACAUUAUUAGAUUUGAUAGCGACAAACAACGAAAGGUUUAUUAGUAAAUCUGGAGUACUUAAUGCUUGUCUUAGUGACCAUGACUUAGUAUAUUGUAUCAGAAAAAUGAAUUGUAAGCGAUCAUCUGGACAGACUAAGUCUUUUAGAAAUUAUGCAAGAUAUAAUAGCUCGGCUUUUUGUAAUGACCUACGAGGGAUCGAUUGGGAGAAGCAAAUGAAUUCGACCUCGCUCUGUCUCGGUUAUCUUACUGGCUGUUGUUUACCACUCCACAGCAUCACGCCAAACUGAAAAUGUAGAAUUGUAUUCACACAUUCAAACCAAUGUGGACUCAUUUUUAUAUUCCCACCCUGAAGCUUUGGUCCUAAUUACGGGCGACUUCAAUUUUAGAAGCACGGGUCUCAAUGCAAACCAUCUUAAAAGAAUUGCUGGUCUGACGCAGAUAGUCAAGGUAGCUACCAGAGCUGAUGUAACUUUAGACUGGUGUUUAACCAACUCAAAGGUGGAUAAUAUUUACGAAUCAAUCCAACUUCCUCCCAUUGGAACCAGUGAUCAUUAUACGAUUCUUAUGAAAGCCCAACCUUCUCCCUCAAAGCCAGACAAUUCACAUAUAUGGAAACGCGAUCUCAGAGAUAGCAGGAUACGGCCUUUUGGACGAUAUAUCACUACAUUUGACUGGUCUCCUAUCUUGGACAUACAUGACUGUGAUACAAAAUAUGAAAAGUUUAACGAUACAAUGACUGUGAUGAUUGAAAAAUUCUUUCCCUUGGAACGGAUUAAAGUACGAAAGUGUGAUAAGCCUUGGAUGACGUCAUCAAUAAAGUCUGCUAUUGGGAGACGCCAAAAAGCCUUACACGAAAGCGGGAAAAAUUCAGAUAUUUAUAAAUAUUGGCGUAACAGAGUCCAAUCAUGCAUUAAAGUUGCACGAAAGAUCUACUAUAUGAGGUCAGUUGAGAAAUUAAAAAAUUCUAACCCGGCAAGAUGGUGGAAAGAAGUGAAAGCCAUUGGUGGUCUCUCGUCAAAAAAUUCUUG